AUGGCAAGACCAAAGUUUGCUUGGAUCGAGGAACGAAAGAAAAAAAAAACUGCUUGCCAGAAGAGGAUGAAAAAGGCUGAAGAACUAAACAUCUUAUGUAAUAAGAGUGAUUGUUUGGUCUUUUUCAGCCGUGAUGACGAUAAGUUGGUCGUGUGGCCAACUCGGCAUGAGGCUCAAUCUCUCGUCGAGCUGUUUUACGCGUUACCUGAAAACCAUAGGAACAUGAAGACGGAGGAUCAAGAUUCGUCAUACAAGACCAAUACCAAAAUGAUUGAGAAGGUAAUCGAGGAGUUGGAUAUGGAUCAUCUCAUUUUCCAACUUCAAAAUGGUAAAAUGCUUAUUGCUCUUUCUCAAACCGAGAUUGAGAGUUUAAUAUCAUAUGUAAGUAAGAAGAUUACGGGUACGGAACAUCCUUAUACAAGUGUCAAUGAUAUCCCAAAGGCUACGGACGUUGAACCUGAAUCCCCAAUGGGAAGGGGAAGUCAAGUCUAUAAAAUGGACAAGUGGUUCUUGGAUGAAGAUGGGGACAUGGAGACCUAUGAAGAAGAGGGCAGCAAGUCUAGUGGUGCGGACGUUGCCUAA